ACCCCUGUUCAUUUCUUUAAAAAAGGGCGUGAAAUCGCAGAAUAGGCCGUGCUGGAAGAUAGAGACAAAGAGGGCGGAUAGAAUAAACAGGAGAGAGCGAGACAGAGAGAGAGAGUGUAAUAGUAAUACAUGGUAGCAGCGCAAGGUGGCGUUGCGGCGGCGGAAAUGGUAACCGAACAAGACAUAGCACACGCCGUGGAGACUCUGCUCCGCGAGGCAAACCCUAAUUUCACUGCCUACACUUCCUUACACGACGUCGUUCAGCAGCUUGAGUCAAAACUAGGGUUUGAUCUCUCCCACAAAACCGAUUUUAUUCGCAGCCACAUUCAGUAUCUCCUUCGCCCUCCGCCACAACUACUCCACCCGCAGCCUCAGAAAGACCAUUUUGCCCUUCAGCAACAUCCUAUUUUCCACCCUGCCACUGCUCCUCCCCGCGGAAGUUUCGGUGUUCGGCCGGAUUCUAGUGAGGUUUCCUUUCGGGCCCCGCAGUCGCAGCAGCUGCAAUUCGAGACGUAUGCAGCUGCUGCUGGUACUCCUACUCCCACGACUACGACUACUAGCACUUCUAGUGUUGUCCCGAGAUCGCCUGCACCUCAGCCUCUUAAAAAGAGCGCUCAGAAGGUGAAGAGAAAAAGAGGUGGACCUGGUGGCCUCAACAAACUAUGUGGGGUCUCUCCCUUGCUACAGCCCAUUGUUGGUCAUCCAACACUACCUAGGACUGAGAUUGUGAAGCAGCUGUGGAUAUACAUCAGAAAAAAUAACCUUCAAGAUCCGAGUAACAAAAGAAAAAUAGUCUGCAAUGAUGAGCUGCGUUUAGUUUUCGAGACGGACAGUACUGACAUGUUCAAGAUGAAUAAGUUGCUAGCUAAACACAUCAUACCACUUGAACCAACAAAGCCGACAAAUCGAGUUUCAAAAAAAUCGAAGGCCUGUGCUGAACUUGAAAGCAAAGAUGAUUCUAAAUGUACCGAUGUUGUUCCAAUUGUGAUAAUAUCCGAGGAACUUGCAAGCUUUUUUGGUACUGAUGAAAGGGAGAUGUCACAAGCAGAGGCUUUGAGACAAAUUUGGGAAUACAUAAAAGUCAACCAGCUUGAGGAUCCUUCAAAUGCAAUGGUGAUACUGUGUGAUGAGAAGCUUCAAGAGCUCCUUAAAUGCGAGAGCAUUUCGGCUUUGGGUAUACCUGAGAUGUUAACACGCUAUCAUCUAUGCAAGAAAGCAUGAUAUGUGAUCCCGUUAACUGGUUGAAAGGAUAUGUAGAUGCAUAGUGUUGUAACUGACCUCCACUGCUGGCGUUGAAAGGCUUCCGGAGGAUUAUUGUUUGUAAUUUUACUUUAGUUCUUUUCUUUUGGCACUGAAGAUAGUAGGAGAACAUUAGAGGCUCCACUAUAAGGAUGUCGUCCUGCUGUCUGCUGGCAGGUAGUACAAUGACGAAUUGACUGUUGAUACAGGGUAGCGUGUAGCUAGCUCAGGUGUUAAUAUUGUGUUCUGAUUGGAGUUUUUAACCCCUUUUAAGAUAUUUAGUAAAACAGAAUGAAAAUGUAAUUAGAUCAUGCAGACCUUGUUUUCUGAUUUUAACUGAAGGGACUAAUGUCUAAUUAGCAAGUAUUUGAUGAUC